AUGGAAACCCCCACCCACAGCACCGUGUACCUGAGCGACUGGCAGAAGAGUUACUUUGCUAUUACCUCUGGCACCUGCACACCUGGACAGAAGGCAGAUGAGUACCGUGCCAAAAUCCUGCGUAUUCAGUAUGCAUGGGCAAACUCCGAGAUCUCUCAGGUCUGUGCUGCCCACUUGUUUAAAAAAUAUGCAGAGAAAUAUGCUGCAAUUAUUGACUCUGACAACAUAGAGACUGGCUUGAAUAACUAUGCUGAAAACAUUUUGACUUUGGCAAAAUGUCAGCAAAAUGACAGUGACAAGUGGCAAUCUGCCUUGACAACAGAGAAUGUAUUUGAAUUGAAGUGUGUGCAAGAGAGGAUGCAGACUGGCAAAAAUUUCCAGAGCUCUCAGGUGACACCAACAGAUGCCUGUGUACUUGCUGAUCAAGGGGUCCGUCCCUCUGCUGCUCCAGGUCUUCCUAAGUUCAGUGUCUUCAGCAGUGCUGGAGAGACUGAGCUCUGUGCUGGCUCAGCAAAAUGUGCAAAUCAAAGACCGGCUCUCCUUGGACAUCCCUCAUCUUUCAAGUCUUCUCAAAGCACUUUGCCUUCUGUGACCAAAACAUUGGAUACACUUCCUGCCCCUUCAGCCUCCUUAAAUGAACAGGUUCGCACAGGUUUCCAGGCAACUCCUCUAUUUGGAAGCAAAGAAGCGACAAGUAGUUCUCUGAAAAUGUCAAGUAACUGUUGUGAUGGACAAAAUUUGUCUCUUUCCAAUCAGUCGGCUAUACCUGCAUGGUCUGCAAGUUCUGGAAAAAGAAAAGCGUUUUAUGGUGUGGCUGAUGAAGGUAGCACGGUGACUGCUAGCCUUGCUCCAUGCCAGGCUUCCACUAGUACUGAAACCAGUAGUUUUUCAGGGAAUAGAAACAGAAAUGAAGAGAGCAGCAUUCCUGGUUUUAGAACUGCAAAAGAACAGCUGUGGGUGGAUCAGCAAAAGAAAUCUCAAAACCUACCCCAGCGUGUGCCAGUCUCAUCAUAUGGAGGUGUAAAAAAAUCGCUGGGCGCAGGCAGAUCUCGGGGUCCCUUUGGCAAGUUUGUUCCUCCAGUUCCUAAACAAGAUGGAAAUGAAAAUGGAGGAGCACAGUGUAAACCUCAUGCAAGAGGGCAGGCAGAUCCAUUGCUGCCUGUAGAUGAACGACUGAAAAACAUAGAACCAAAAAUGGUUGAACUCAUUAUGCACGAGAUCAUGGACCACGGGCCUCCCGUCAACUGGGAUGACAUUGCUGGAGUUGAAUUUGCUAAAGCUACUAUAAAAGAAAUAGUAGUCUGGCCUAUGCUGAGGCCAGACAUCUUCACUGGGUUACGUGGUCCUCCUAAGGGAAUUCUUCUCUUUGGUCCCCCUGGGACAGGCAAGACUCUCAUAGGCAAGUGCAUCGCAUGCCAGUCUGGAGCAACUUUUUUUAGCAUCAGUGCCUCCUCUCUGACUUCCAAGUGGGUAGGUGAGGGGGAAAAGAUGGUCCGUGCAUUGUUCACUGUGGCACGGUGUCAACAACCAGCAGUGAUUUUCAUUGAUGAAAUCGAUUCUUUGUUGUCUCAGCGUGGAGAUGGGGAGCAUGAGUCAUCGAGAAGAAUAAAAACCGAAUUUCUGGUCCAGUUAGAUGGAGCAACAACCUCCUCUGAAGAUCGUAUUCUGGUGGUUGGAGCAACAAAUCGACCUCAAGAAAUCGAUGAAGCUGCUCGAAGGAGACUAGUGAAGAGACUGUACAUUCCUCUUCCAGAAGCCUCAGCUAGGAAGCAGAUUGUCACCCGUCUAAUGUCAAAGGAGCACUGCUCUCUAAAUGAAGAGGAAAUUGAACUCAUAGUUAAUAAAUCAAAUGGAUUUUCUGGGGCAGACAUGACACAGCUCUGUCGGGAAGCUUCUCUGGGCCCUAUCCGCAGUCUUCAGUCCAUGGACAUUGCAACCAUCAUGCCAGACCAAGUGCGGCCUAUUGCUUUUCUGGACUUCGAGAGUGCCUUCAGAACCGUGCGGCCCAGCGUCUCCUCAAAGGACCUAGAGCUGUAUGAAACCUGGAACCAGACAUUUGGCUGUGGUAGAUAAUUGCAUCCUAACUGUUUCUCAGAAGCAUUCCUUUAGCACUGUUGUGUAUUAAACCCAUGAUAAUUUUGA